GGGAGGUGAAGUUCACUGUCACACCGACAUGGCUGCUGCAGUCAAGAUGAGGACGUGGAGCUGUCCGACCAGAGGAGUUUUCUAUCCUUGGGCAGUGCUUUUUUUUGUUUUACUCGGUAGCAUAAAUGCAGUGGCUGCAGCACCGGAGACAGGGCUUUGGAAAAUCACAGUUGUAAAUACCUCAAGACCACUGCUGUUAAGAAAAUCCAUGUAUAAAGACACAGACAUUGAAUUAGAAGUUAUGCAUUUUGGCUGUCCUGAGGAGAUAACCUUCUCUAUUCACUGGUAUUUAAAGUACUACCCCUGUCACAAUGAAUUCAACAAUAUUGAAGAAAUGUAUGGGAGAACGCCUCUGAGUCGUGGGGAGGGCCUUGAUCCAAAUCCCCUCGGACAAGGGGAGUUCAUCGAACACCAACACGGUCCCAUAACAUGUAUCAAUGGGCUGCACUCCUUUCCAAUGCUCAAAAAAGCCAAGGCAGAUCCACGUCCAGUCAGUCCACCUGUUGAGGGUGAUGAAAAAGACAUCAGAUUAAUUACUGAGGAGUAUGACAGCAACUCCAACAACAGCGGUGUAAAUAUCCAAAACAAUGUCAUAGCCACGACGUGGAAGGACGGGCCGUACUUGCUGGUUGUUAAGAUUGUGUCUAGUAAACCGGAUGCCAACUGGAAUUUAACAGUUAAUGUGGUGAUGAAAGGCAGCCAUGGUUACAUUUCUAUCACAGAAUGGCCUCUCAUGAUUUUCUACAUGGUGAUGUGCAUAGUGUACAUCUUCUACGCCCUGCUGUGGUUUAUCUGGGCAGCGUGCUACUGGAAAGAUCUGCUGAGAAUCCAGUUCUGGAUAGCGGGGGUCAUAUUCCUCGGCAUGGUGGAGAAAGCUGUCUUCUGUGCCGAAUAUGAAAACACUAACGCUGUCGGCUCUGCUUCUCCCGGCUUGUUGAUCUUUGCUGAGCUGGUCUCCGCCCUCAAGAGGACUUUGGCUCGAUUGCUCGUCAUCAUCGUCAGCCUUGGAUAUGGCAUUGUUAAGCCUCGACUGGGGCAAGUAAUGCACCGAGUUGUGGGGCUUGGAAUCCUCUACUUUGCCUUUGCUAGCAUUGAAGGUGUCCUGAGGAUUACUGGGGCAAAAGACUCUGACUUGGCCCUGCUGGCCAACAUUCCCCUGGCUCUGCUUGACUCCUCUCUAUGCUGGUGGAUCUUUGUCAGCCUGGCACAAACCAUCAAGACUCUGAAGCUGAGGAAAAACCCCGUCAAGUUGUCUCUGUACAGGCAUUUUACAAACACACUUAUAUUUGCUGUCAUUGCUUCCAUCAUUUUCAUGGGUUGGAUAGCAAAAAAAUUCCGGCUAGCAGAUUGCCAGUCUGAUUGGAUUGAGCUUUGGGUGGAAGAUGCUUUCUGGAGGUUCUUGUUCUCCGUCAUUCUGUUCGUGAUAAUGUUUCUAUGGAGACCGUCUGCAAACAACCAAAGGUAUGCUUUCACACCUCUCAUUGAUGACUCUGACGAUGAGGAGAUUGAGGAAUUCGUUGCCUCUACAAACCUUGCUGAUGGCAUAAAGUUGAGAGCAUCUAAAAGUGAAACUAAUGGCUCAGUGAAGCCUGCAGAAAUAAACCUAGAGGAAGACUUGAAGUGGGUGGAGGACAACAUUCCUAGCUCUCUCACGGAUGUAGCUCUACCAAUCCUGCUCGACUCAGAUGAGGAAAUCAUGACGACCAGAUAUGAGAUGUCAAAGCUGGAGUGAGGCAAAACAUGGAGGCAGACGGUUGCAGCUGUCCCUGACUCUGAAUCUGCAGCAGGGUCUUCUCCAGGAUCUCCAGUCGCGUGGUGGUGGUGGUGGUGGAGUGCCGUUUUAGUUUUUUAGGGGCAUCUUCCCAUACGACUUCUACUUCGCAGGACGGUGCAGGUCACAAUUUAUGGGGAGCUCUGCUCAUUUCCUCUACUUCUGCAGAGCAAAGGACUCUACCAGAGGAAAUCUGUCUUUUCACUGACCAACUGGUUCACCAUUUCCCUGAUUAUGAUCAGUUUUGAGCCUUUCUUUCCAAAGAGAAUGUUUCAUUUUAUAAUAAGUGCUGUAUUUAUUUCUGUUAUGUUCAUGAGACCUUAUUUUAUCGGAGAAUUCAGAACAGUGGGCUCGAUGCAUGAACAUACACUCAAACCUACGUUAAGUGUCUUUUUGCGGGUAUCUAGAUGUAAUGGUUGGUUGUAAUAAAAGAAGAUGCUUAUUUAUGAUGGGGAAAUAAUUAAAAAGCCCUUUUCCCCUUAAUAAACACCACAAAUGAUUUAUCUAAGACAUUUUUGCAGAUAUUUUAUUUGUUAUUAAUUAAUCCCAAACAGGAUUUUUCUUUAUUUAUAAUUAUCUGAAGCACACUUAUUUUCUUUUGUUCGUAUUUUUUUGGGCAACAUUAACAUCGGAGACAAGGAAAAGAAACUCACACAUAUACUUUGAAUAGAACAUUUUGCUCUUAUGCACUUUGAAGUUCAAAUCUUUGCCUACAUGUAGUUUUUGUAUGAGGCCUAAACUGUUCAGGUAGUUGAGAACAAUAUGUGUGAAUGGGUUGUUCAUGUCUCUGGCAUCCUCAGUAUCGGUGUGUGAAUGAUUGUGAGGGGGAGGAAGCACAAACUAUUAGAAUUGAAAUGUAACUAUGUUAAGAAGUGUAGAAUUUGGGGGGUUUGCAGUCAUGUUUUGAAUCUUCUGUAUGUGUGUGGGUGGGCAGGUUUUGUGUCUUGAAAUAGGGAGCAAUAUACUGUAUGUAUGUUAAAAUGGAGUUAAAUAAUUUCAUUAUUUAUUUGUGUUUCAAGUGUACUUAUAAGUUGUUAAGAGUGUGUUCAUCCAAGUUUACUCUGAAGUGUGUUUACAAUGUGUUUACCAUUUUGUUAAUGCAUUUGGACCCUGAAAAGUUUCACAAUGUGUUUGCUCAACGGCAAACUGCAGCUUGUGUCGCAUUGCUUUGCAUUGUUUCACAGACAAAACAUUAAUUUCUUGCCUAAUUAAUCUUAAUAUUAUUUUUUUUCAGAAAAUGACUGCCCUGGUGUUUUUGUCUGUGUCGUUUUUGGAGUAUGAACACCGUUGUCGUCUUCAUGUGUGUUGUCUGGAGUAAAUGUAACAGCAGGAUUUUGACAUAUUAGAUCAUUUAUAUGGUGAGCAAAAGCUGAUCUCUUGGGUUUAUAAUGUCACUAUUCUGUUUUUGCAUGGUUGGAAACCUGGAAUGGUUGUGCUUUUGGUGGCAAGCUGUCCUUCUGUUAUAUAAAACUGCAGACACCUGCAGCGGACCUCUUUUAUUUGUACAGAUGGGUAUUGGCUGAUUCCUGUUAUUGCAUAAUUCCACAGGUAGAGCGGUGUCUGGAUAAUAUGACUCGUCUUUUUUCUCUCGUGAGUGUUAUGAAGAACUGGGCUUAAACUUUUCUUACCAGCAGUUUUCUUCACUCUUCCUUCGCAGGAAGUGUGUCCACUCAGAUUAAAUAUGAAUCUAACACAGGAAAGUGUUUGUUUCUUUGUCUAUGAUUUUCAGUAUUAAUUUCGAAA